CUCGAGUCUGGCAUCCUGAGCUGUGGUCAGGCGCAGGUUCAGGGUGCAUAACCUGCCCCACAACAGGGCAGGGCUGUGUCUAAUUCUUCCCUUUCCCAGGUGCCAGCAUGGGGCCUGACCCCGAAAUUGUUCUCUGAGGGGCCAAGUGGACUUGCAGACGCAGAGGGCACGUGGAAGGCUACCUUCGUGUUGGUGGAGACGGGUGGCUGCCGUGCCAAGGUGUAUCUCCAGGAGACCCACAGGCUGUCCAGAUCCCCAUCUCCACAAUGGACUGCCCAGGCUGACCAGCCAGUUCCCACUGGAGGUUCCCGGUGUGAUCUGGGGUGACCAUGUCUAAGCCCCCUGACUGUCUGCUGCGGCUCCUCCGGAGUGCCCCGAGGCAGCGGGUCUGCACGCUCUUCAUCAUCGGCUUCAAGUUCACGUUUUUCAUCUCUGUCGUGAUCUACUGGCACAUCGUGGGUGAGCCCAAGGGCCAGGGGCAGCUCUCUAACCUGCCUGCAGACAUCCCUUGUCCGCCCUCGGUCCCCUCCAUCCCGCCCUCCAGCACCCCUGCUCCGGGCAACAUCUUCUUCUUGGAGACUUCGGACCGGACCGACCCGCACUUCCUGUUCAUGUGCUCGGUGGAGUCGGCGGCCAGGACCCACCCCGAGUCCCGGGUGCUGGUCCUGAUGAAGGGGCUGCCGGCCGGCAACGCCUCCCUGCCCCGGCACCUGGGCAUCUCGCUUCUGAGCUGCUUCCCCAACGUGCAGAUGCUCCCGCUGGACCUGGAGGAGCUGUUCAGGGACACGCCCCUGGCGGCCUGGCACGCGGGCCUGGGGCGGCGCUGGGAGCCCUACCUGCUGCCCGUGCUCUCCGACGCCUCCAGGAUCGCGCUCAUGUGGAAGUUCGGGGGCAUCUACCUGGACACGGACUUCAUCGUCCUCAAGAACCUGAGGCACCUGACCAACGUGCUGGGCGCCCAGUCCCGCUAUGUCCUCAACGGCGCCUUCCUGGCCUUCGAGCCCCGGCACGAGUUCAUGGCGCUGUGCAUGCGCGACUUCGUGGCCCACUACAACGGCUGGGUGUGGGGCCACCAGGGCCCGCAGCUGCUCACGCGGGUCUUCAAGAAGUGGUGCUCCAUCCGCAGCCUGGGCGACAGCCACGCCUGCCGCGGCGUCACCGUGCUGCCCCGCGAGGCCUUUUACCCCAUCCCUUGGCAGAACUGGAAGAAAUACUUUGAGGACAUCAGCCCCGAGGAGCUGUCCCGGCUGCUCAAUGCCACCUACGCCGUCCACGUGUGGAACAAGAAGAGCCAGGGCACGCGCUUCGAGGCCACAUCCAGGGCGCUGCUGGCCCAGCUGCACGCCCGCUAUUGCCCCACGACACACGAGGCCAUGAAGAUGUACUUGUGACCAGCCCGCCGGGGGGCCUCCCUCACCGUGUCCUGCUGCAGAGGGGUGCUGGGCUGCCCCUCCUGGGAGGGUGGAGCGGGCCCUGGGAGAGGAGGUGGGAGCCGCUGCAGUCAGGUUUGGGGCCGGCUGCCGAGGGGGUGUUGUGGGAGCACGUGCCGCGGGUCCUGGGACCGGCUCCCUUCAUGCCGGGGUGAGGCCACUGCCCCGUCUGGGGUCUGGCUGAUCAGUGGUGCAGAGCUGGCUGGAGUGAGCUCGGCGAGCAGGGAGAGCGAACAUCGAAGCACCUUGGGGGCUGCACGGGGAAGCCAGGCCGGCUGGGGUGGAGGUGCUGUGAGGGGGUCACUGAGAAGGAAGGAGGGAAGGGUUCCCAGACAGGAGAGGAGGCAGCUGGUGGGACAGCGGGUGCACAUCUAGCCCUGGGAGCCCAGAGGUGGUGGCUUUCUCUUUUCUGGUUCUGGCUCUUUUUUCGGAGGGACUGAGCAGGGGCAGAAUGUGACAGAGCAGGCCCUGGCUGCCCACCCGUCCUUUCCUGUCUCUAGAAAUGUUGCAAGCAGGCAGGUACCGCCUGCCACAUCUGUGGACGGGGGGCAGGGAGAUUCUUUUGGCUCAGAAGAGGCAUUUUAAAGAAAUAUCCCUGCCCAUGCUAAACACAGGAGAAUAAUAAACACAAUAGAAGUGACCCUCUGACAGCUGGUGCUUUGUGGUGGACAAGAUACAGCCACACGCACAGUCCUUCUUUGUUCUACAGGUGGGGAAGCUGUGGGGGCUGACUGCGGGUGACUUUGCUGAGGUCACACAGCCUGCCUACAAUGGGAGCAUUCAGGGGAGACCUGGCCAACCCUUGGUUGGUGAGGAGCCACUGGAGUCAGUGACAGGAGGAGCCUGCUUUUCCCACCUCACUUUUCAAGGCUCACAGACAGCCUGGGUUGGGUCCCACCAGCACUUCCACCCCCACCCCAUAAUAAGCCUGAAUCUGUUUUAACCUAAGUGGAGCCAAGUGAGGACACUGAGGAGCCCACUAUCAGGGCAAGGGGCCAGCUGCUGCCAGGCCUGGGAGGGGUCCCAGGGAGGGAGGGUUGGGGGCCUGUGGGCUUCCUCCAGCCUCGCCUGGAUGCCUGGCCAAGAUCCUGGGGAAGACCAGAGGUGCCCUGCUGGGCCGCCUCCUGGCUGGGCCAAGGGAAAAUCUGCUCUCUCCAGGGCGGGGCCCCAGCUGCUUUGCAUCGUGGAAGCCACUCAGAGCUGGGCGUUCCCACCAGGCUGGAGAAGCCCUCCCCAGCAGGACUGGGGGUGAUGCCAGGAACUCUGGGGCUCAGUGGGCUGCUUUUUGGCAGCUGAGGGGGGAGGCAUUCUGUGACCCCUGGAUUCUGCCUGCAGACCAUCUUGGGUACCUGGUAAGAAGGUGAGCUCCCUGGCUCUAGGAGUAUUCAAGAGCAGGGGCUGUUUUUGCUGAAGACAAUGGAUUGUAAGUCACUUUCUCCAAUCACAUCACUUUGCCUAUCUUUUUUUUCUUUUUUGUCAGCUGGCUGGUACAGGAAUUGAACCCUGGACCUUGGUGUAAUUAGCACCAUGCUCUAACCAACUGAGCUAAUUGGCCAGCUCCCUUGCCUAUCCUUUUAAUUAAUAAAUUAAUUGAUUGAUUUUA